AUGACGGAUCGUUUAAUAUCAAUAGUACAAUCAUAUGUACCUAAUGUUCCACUUAAAAUCAUAUCUCAAGGUGCGGAAGCAUUAGUAUUUGAAACUAGUGUUCAUCCAUAUUCCAAUAGUCCAUCAUUAGAUAAUAAAAAACAAUUUAUUAUCAAAUUCAGACCACCAAAACCUUAUAGACAUCCUAAAAUUGAUUCCAGUAUUACUAAAUCACGUACUAUUGGAGAAGUUAAAUUCAUGUAUAAGUUAGCUAAAUUGGGAAUUUCUUCACCUGCUGUUAUACUGGCAGAUUUUCCUCAUGGAAUAAUUUGGAUGGAACAUCUUGGAUCUGCAUUACCUGAUGGAAAUAUAAGUUCAUUUAAAAAUUGGUUAUGGUAUUUAGAAAAACAAGGAGAUCAUAAGAACUGCGUUGAUGAAAGAGUUAAAAAAGUUUGUAAUAAAGUUGGUGAAUUAAUUGGUAGAUUACAUUUAAAUGAAAUGAUUCAUGGUGAUUUAACUUCUUCAAAUAUUCUUCUAAAAGACGAUUAUACUGAACCAGCAUUGAUUGAUUUUGGAUUAUCUUCAUUUUCUGGAUUACCUGAAGAUAAAGCUGUUGAUUUAUAUGUGUUGGAGAGAGCAAUUUUAAGUACUCAUUCGGUAUUUGCAGAUACUUAUAAUGCUUGGUUAUUAGAAGGUUAUGAGAAUAUUCACAAUUCUCCAGAGUUUAAAAAACAUGGUAAAACUAAAUACAAAGAAACUAUACGAAGACUAGAAGAUGUCCGAUUAAGAGGAAGAAAACGUAGUAUGUUAGGUUGA